AUGGAAAGUACAAUAACUAUGUCUGAUCUUGAAAAUCAAGUACUAACAAGUAUUUUUGUUGGAUUACCAGCAAAAUCUCUGCUACGCAUCAAGAGUGUGUGCAAAUCAUGGUACAAAAUAAUCAAUGACUACCAUUUUACCAAGCUUCAUUUUGAGCGGUCCAACCGCCUGUAUUUGAUUAUAUCAAAUCCUGUUCUGCACUUGAUUGAUAUUCACAAACUUCACAACCCCAUUAAGUUGCCUUACCCAUUCAAUGAUGUGGGUGAUGAUAUUAUCAGGGCAGCAUUUUAUCAAUAUACUCGUGUCGUAGGGAUUAGUCGCGGCUUGUUCUGUUUCUACAUGGAUAAAUCUCCAUACACUGUUAUCUUGUACAACCCCACAACAAGAACACACAAACUCCUUCCCUCAACGCCUCGUACUGGGUCUCCAUGCGAAGCUGAUACGAAAGCCUACGUGGGGUUUGGUUAUGAUCCUGUUUCGGAUGACUAUAAAUGUGUCAAAGUUGUUCAUUAUUGCAAGGGUAAUAAUUUUUGUAAGUACAACCCCGAUUCUUUCAAGAAUUUGGCAUUGAUUUAUAGCUUGAAAUCUGAUUGUUGGAGGACAGGAAUUCAUGAUGUUCCUGAAUUCUUUGAAUGCAAUGGCCAAGAUUGUAUCGAUAUAAACGGAACCCUUCAUUGGUCUAGCAACGACGAAUACCUAGGCGAAAAGGGUUGUCCAAUAGUAACCUUUAAUCUUUGGAAUCAAACAUUUGACAAAAUAAUUGUUCCUAGUAUAUUUAGAGACCCAAGGAUUCAUGCUGUUACUUAUCGUUUAGGAGUUCUUGAUGAUUGUUUGAGUUUGGUUAUGAACUAUAAUUACAGCAGUACUGAGCAUUACUUUGAUGUACAUAUUAAGAAAGGUAGAUUUUGGAUUAGGUUGUGUAAGAUUCCUAUACUGGAUUGUGUUAUUAUUACUUCAAGAGUAUGGGCAAAUUGUUGGUGGCCAAUAACCGAUUUGAUAUGGGCUAUUUGGACAUUAAUAGUUUAA